AUGGCUUUACUAGUGGAAUUGCCGGGAGAGGCGAAUCCCCUUACCAGUCAAAAUGUUUACAACGCCUUAGUUCUCGCCUCGGGGUCUUCGCAACAGCAGGUCAUCACGGGUGGGGAGCAGCUUAAGAACUGGGAGAAACAAGCAAAUUACUUCUCAUUGCUACAGGACGUCUUCGUUGAUACCUCUCUCCCAAACGAAGUCCGAUAUAUGUCGAUCAUUCAGCUUAAAAAUGGCGUUGAUAGAUAUUGGAGGAAGACAGCGUCUAACGCCAUCAAGCCGGAGGAGAAAGUGCGGAUCAGAUCAAGAGCCCUUGAAUCUGGAGCCGUUGAGCCUGAUGCCAAACUUGCUCUUCACAAUGCACUGCUGCUCGCGAAGAUAGUGCGUGUAGAAUUCCCAGUAGAAUGGCCUGACGCGAUUACGUCUGUAAUUACAUUGCUUCGCGCAUCCUUCCAGCCCGGCAGCAACCCAUUACAGCUCCCUCGUACUCUCCUCAUUCUUCUGCACAUAAUUAAAGAACUUGCCACGGGUAAAUUACAAGGAAUUAAAAGGAAUUUAUUUGCUGUUGCCCCGGAGAUAUUUCACACUCUUGCGAGCAUAUAUGUUGAGAAAGUCAAUCAAUGGGGUACCUUCCUAGAAGCUGGUGGGGAUGACGAACGGGGGGCUUUGGACUCUCUCGAUGAAAGUCUCAUAGCUCUGAAAACUAUACGCCGAUUGAUAAUUGCAGGCUUCGAGCAUCCUAACAGAGACAUCGAUGUUCAGCAAUUUUGGGCCCUAUCCCUUACUCAUGUGGGUAUUUUAGAACGAAAACCUUCUGGGCUCGCACCAAAUGUCACCAGACUACUUGAAAGACAUGUAAUACAAAUAUCCAAGCUUCAUCUUGAAAUGGCCAAGGCUCAUCCCGCAGCAUUCGCCUUAUUUCCCGGUUGCGUUGACCUUGUUCGGUCAUAUUGGGGACUUGUACUUGAGCUUUCAAAGUUGUGCGACCCAAAUGACAUGUCUCGAGCCACGAUUGGAGCUGGCGGUGACGUUGAUGGCGAUGAAACCCUUUUCCUGGAAAAGAUUGCUCUGAAGGGGCUCCUUAUCUUACGGACAUGUAUCAAAAUGGCAUUUUAUCCUGCGCACAGCUUCAAGUAUCAACAUGCCCAGGAUAAAGAAGAAAAGAGUCAAUCUAUUGAAUUGAUCAAGUCUCAGCUACUGACUCACGACUUCGUAGCGCAGGUCAUGGAACUAGUUAUAACGCGGUUCUUUGUCAUUCAUGCAAGUGACCUUCAACAAUGGGAGGAAGAUCCCGAAGAGUGGGAGAAGCGCGAGGAAGAGAUUGCAGAUGCAUACGACUUCUCCAUCCGUGCUUGCUCCGAAAAAGUAUAUCUUGAUCUCCUCAUCCACUUCAAGGAACUUCUUGUCCCCAAGCUACUACAAGUGUUCUAUUCCUAUGCCAACCCCCAGAAUCAAGAAGUUUUCUUGAAAGAUUCUCUUUAUUCCGCUAUCGGCCUUGGUGCUGCAAUAUUGGAGAAGGAGAUUGAUUUUAAUGCAUUUUUAUCAUCAACCCUUAUCCCAGAGGUCCAAAUUCAACAGCCAGGGUAUAAUAUACUUAGACGAAGAAUAGCAAUACUGCUCGGCCAAUGGGUGCCCGUGAAAUCCGACGAAUUAGAUGUGUCGUCGAUUUACCAAAUUUUUCAACAUUUACUGAACAAAAACGAUCCUACUAAUGACCAAGUUGUUCGCGUAACUGCUGGUCGCCAAUUGAAAAAUGUCUUAGAGCCAUUUGAAUUCAGCGUUGACCGGUUCUUGCCCUAUGCGACUACCACACUUCAGAGCCUCAUGGACCUAAUUAGCGAAGUAAGUCUAUCGGAGACGAAAAUGGCACUUCUUGGGACGGUUCGCGUUGCUAUAGUGAAAAUGGAAGACCAGAUUGCGCCAUAUGCGGACCAGAUUGUCUCCCUAUUACCACCAUUGUGGGAACAAUCAAACGAAGAAAAUCUCAUGAAGCAAGCGAUCCUCACUUUGCUUUCUUCCUUAAUUCAUUCCAUGAAACAAGAGUCCAUCCGAUACCAUCCGAUAAUUAUUCCUCUCAUCCAAAAAUCCGUCGUUCCAGGAUCGGAGGCAUUAGUUUAUCUGUUAGAGGAAGCCCUGGACCUCUGGUCUGCCGUCCUCAUGCAAGCUCCAUCUCCAGCCUCGCCUGAACUUCUCCAGCUUUUACCGUCUCUCUUUCCUGUUUUCGACAUUGGCACCGAAAGUAUCCGUCAAGCUCUAGAAGUCACCGAAUCCUAUAUUCUGCUUGCUCCUCAGGAAAUUCUCAACGAUCAUAUCCGUUUCCAGUUACUCGUCUCAUUGGAGGCCCUCGUUAAUGCGACUACACGACAGCGUAUUGGAGUGGUUCCACGUCUUGCCGAACUACUAAUCCGAGCAGUAGAGUUUGUCGAUCCUGGAAACGAACAAGCUUAUUCGAUCGUCGCCAAAUCUCUUCUAGACUCUUCAUUCCUUCUCACACUUCUUUCCGGUCUCCGUGAAACCUACGAAGCCCACCUCACUACCGGACCAAAUAAAAGGUACCCUGACGUCCAGGGCGUUGUGGAAACAGACUAUUUCUCUGUCCUUGCGAGGAUUGCCCUAUCUAGCCCCAAAAUAUUCCUGACAUCCGUUGUAUCUGCUAUGGGCCAUUCGUCCGAAGAAGAAUCUGUCAACUGGAUAUUAACAGAGUGGUUUUCUCAUUUUGAUAACGUGGGUGACAUUAAUCGCAAGAAGCUACACGGGUUGGCGUUAACGCACCUCCUCUCCAUCAACGGCCCGUCGACACCACCCCCAGGCUACCUUCUUAACCAUCUACAGUCUUAUCUUGUCGUGUGGACCGAUCUCAUCAGAGAACUAGCUGAGGGUACCGAUUAUGAUCCUAGUGAUCCCCGGGGUGGCGACUAUCUCAUUGUCUGGAACACAAACGCGGCAGGAGGUGAAACCGAUGGGAAAUAUCAUAACAACGAGCCACCAGAAACCACCCGUCGACGUGCCUGGAGUAAUGCGGACCCCGUGCACAAGAUCAAUUUCCGCCAUUUCGUCACAGAGAAUCUGCGGGGAGUUGUUGGCGCGUGCGGUGGGAUUGUUAAGUUCAGAGAUGAGUGGUUGAUCAAUGUUGAUCAGGAUGUUGUAAAUGGCUUUGGGGAGUUGGGGGUGUUGUAG